AUGACUGUAAAUUCUACGUCGUUUACAGUUGAAAUUGCUCGAGCGGUUGAUCAAGUUUGUUCUUCUUUAUAUACACAAAUGUUUCAAAAAGUAGCCAGAGAAGAGCCUCAUUAUCUUUCAAAUGAACAACGUACUAUACUCAUGUAUUAUCCAAAUGAGAUCACAUGGUAUAAAGGAAAUAAACGCGAAGAGAUAAUUGAACGAAUUCGACGUACUCAUCUUAAAUGGUUCAAUAGUUGGUUAAGUAAGCAAUAUACUGGUUUACCACCAUAUAUUAAAUGGAGUUCAGUUAUGAAUGAUAUUAUGUUGCAUGCAACUAACUUAUUCUUUCGAAUGGAUCUCGAUGAUGUUAUUACUAGCAAUGAUACACGUCAUGCGUUUCAACAAAUCACUAAUACUAUCAAACGUAUUUUAUUGAACAUUAGUAAAUCGAAUCCAACAACCAUUGAUCCAGCUGUUCUACCUCUUGUUCGAGAACUUCUUUUGAUUCUUUUCUAUUUUACUUUGGAUAGUAAACUUGUUAUUUAUCUUAAAAGUCUUCAAUUAAUCGAUCUUAUGAAUGUACUUAUACGAAAAUCAAAUAAUGAUGAUGAAAUUCAUUUACAAGCCUAUCGAAUUCUGGCUGUUAUUAUGACAGAAGCAGAUAUAAAACAACUGCAAAUUUCAAAUAGAAUUACUAUUGUUUUUAUCACUUUUAUUAAGAAAGCUAUUGAUGGUGGUGUUCCUUAUGUAGCUCGUUUACACAAUAGUCUUCGAAGUCUUAAAGUAUUAACACAACAUGAUCAAAUUCGAGAAGAAUUAAUCAAACAAGAAGGUCAUUCUCUUUUUCUUCGAUGUGCUCUUGAAGAUCAAUUCAAUCCACUCAAAGCAAAACUUCCUGCACUUGAAAUUCUUCUUGCAUUAGUCUUUCACAAAGAAUUUGCGACUAUUCUCAAAAACAAUGAUACUUUCAUGAAUCAUAUUCGAACAUUGACUUCAUCAUUACAACAAGAUCUACAACUAAUAGCUACUGCAUUAAUAUGGAAAUUAGAAAAAGAACCAGAAACAAUAAUCAAAACAGUUCAACAACAACAACAACAACAACAACCUUCUUCAAUUUCUUCAUUAAUGAUUGAUAAAAAACAAUAUGAUAUCAUGAUAAGUUACUCACAUAGUGAUAAAACACUGUGUCAUCGUAUUUUAAGUUCUCUCGAGAAAGAUCAAUUAUGUGUUUGGAUUGAUUCUCGAUUGAUGCAUGGUGCUACAUUUGAUGCUAUGGCUAAAGCUAUUGAAAAUGCAGAAUUUGUACUUGUUUGUAUGUCUGAUGCUUACAAACAGAAUCCUUUAUGUGAAAUGGAAGCAAGUUAUGCAGUUAAAUGUCAAUGCCAUAUUAUUUCAUUAGUCAUGACACCUAAAUACAAAGCUGAUGGAUGGCUUGGAGUGUUAACAUCAGCAUUGAUCUAUAUUGAUUUUCCGAAACUUGGUUUCGAUAAAGCUUAUCAAGAACUUAAGAAACAGAUUGAACUAUUUCGAAUUGAUAAUUCAAGUUCAACAUUUGCUGAACAAGAUGAAGUCCAUCAUAAUUCAAGUUCGUUGGUGGAUAAUACAUCGGAAAUAGUUCCAAGUGAAGAAAAUAACGAAGAACCAUGUUCAGUUUUGAAAUACCCACAUUGUAUUGAUAUGUGGACUGAAGAUCAUGUUAAAUCGUUUCUUCUUGACAAAGAACUUGAUGCUUUUCUACCUAUCCUAGACGGAAUGAACGGAAAAUUACUACAUCAAGCUUAUUUCAUGUGUCAAGCCAAUCAACAAGGAAUGUUUUUAUCAUUGAAAGAAGACGUUAAUAGAUCUCAACAUGCAAUACUCAGUUUAAAAGACUAUCUUACUUUUCUCGAAGAAAUUAAAAUCUAUAUACCAUUCACAGCUAACAAUUCAUUGAAUCCAAUAUCAACUGUUUGUAAUCUUAUCUGA